GUCACCCACGUGGUCGCAGCCCAGCCCAGUCGGCUCGCGAGGAUCUGAUUAGGCUGCGCGCUUCGGCUGCUAGGUGUUUUGUCGCCGAGCGGGACCGACUGCGAGCUGUCAAAUCUGAGGGCUCGUUUUGUUGAGUCGAAAGUGAAAUUUUCCUUUGGCCGACGUGACAGCAUUUCACAUUGGGCAGCAAAGAAAUGGUGAUGGAGAAACCCAGUCCGCUGCUUGUGGGGCGGGAGUUCGUGAGGCAAUACUAUACUUUGCUGAAUAAAGCUCCUGAGUAUUUACACAGGUUUUAUGGCAGGAAUUCCUCCUAUGUCCAUGGCGGAGUGGAUGCCAGUGGAAAGCCCCAGGAAGCAGUUUAUGGCCAAAAUGAUAUACACCACAAAGUGUUAUCUCUGAACUUCAGUGAAUGUCAUACGAAGAUUCGUCAUGUGGAUGCUCACGCAACCUUGAGCGAUGGCGUAGUUGUGCAGGUUAUGGGCUUGCUGUCUAACAGUGGGCAGCCCGAGAGGAAGUUCAUGCAGACCUUUGUUCUGGCUCCAGAAGGAUCUGUUCCCAAUAAAUUUUACGUUCACAAUGAUAUGUUUCGUUAUGAAGAUGAAGUAUUUGAUUCUGAACCGGAACUUGAUGAAGAAUCGGAGGAUGAAGUGGAAGAGGAACAAGAAGAAAGGCAGCCAUCUCCUGAACCUGCUCAAGAGAAUGCUAACAACGCUUACUAUGACUCUAUUCCUGUGACUAAUGGCAUAGAGGAACCUUUAGAAGACCCCUCUCAUGAACCUGAGCCUGAGCCGGAGUCUGAAGUAAAGGCAGAAGAGCUGAAACCACAGUUGGAGGAGAAGAACUUGGAAGAGCUAGAGGAGAAGUCUGCUAGCCCACCUCCCUCUGAGCCUGCUUCUCUCCCUCCAGAACCACCCAAGGCUUUCUCCUGGGCUUCAGUGACCAGUAAAAACCUGCCUCCUAGUGGUACUGUUUCUUCCUCUGGAAUUCCACCCCAUGUUAAAGCACCAGUCUCACAGCCAAGGGUUGACGCUAAACCAGAAGUUCAAUCUCAACCACCAAGGGUGCGUGAACAACGACCUCGAGAACGACCUGGUUUCCCUCCUCGAGGACCAAGACCAGGCAGAGGAGACAUGGAACAGAAUGACUCUGAUAACCGGAGAAUAAUUCGCUAUCCGGAUAGUCAUCAACUUUUUGUUGGCAACUUGCCUCAUGAUAUUGAUGAAAAUGAGCUGAAAGAAUUUUUUAUGAGUUUCGGAAACGUUGUGGAACUUCGCAUCAAUACCAAGGGUGUUGGGGGAAAACUUCCAAAUUUUGGUUUUGUGGUUUUUGAUGACCCUGAACCAGUUCAGAGAAUCUUAAUUGCAAAACCAAUUAUGUUUCGGGGAGAAGUGCGCUUAAAUGUAGAAGAGAAGAAAACAAGAGCUGCCAGAGAGCGGGAAACCAGAGGUGGCGGUGACGACCGCAGGGAUAUCAGGCGCAGUGAUCGAGGUCCUGGCGGUCCACGUGGAAUUGUGGGUGGUGGAAUGAUGCGUGAUCGUGAUGGAAGAGGACCACCUCCACGAGGGGGCAUGGCUCAGAAACUUGGUUCUGGAAGAGGAACCGGGCAGAUGGAAGGCCGCUUCACCGGACAGCGUCGUUGAAGUUCCACUGUUCGCAAAGAUUUUUGGCAGUGGUACCUACCUAACUCAUCGUGUUUGCAUUCUUGUUAAGUUUUUUUGGCUUUGGAAUGUGACACAGCCUUUUUGAUCAUUUCUUUGAUGUGAAAAGCAUCUUUUGGUUAUCAGUUAAAUUGAAGUGGACUUUAUUCCCCCAAUUUCACAACAGGAUUCAUAGUUAAUUUAUAAAACUAGACUUGGAGAAUUAAGGACUGAGAAAUGACCGUAUCUUAAGCUCUCCACAACAAAAUGAACUUAAAAGAACAUGCCCACUGAAUUCAGGUCAUUUGAGCUAAAAAAAAAAAAAAUCUUCUGCUGCACAUUUUGUUUUAAGUGUUAACUGUUUCUGCUAUUAAUGUUGGAAACACCAAUAGUGCAAUUUGUGCAAUUGGAGAAUCUUGCCUUUUUUUUUCUUGGCUUCCCCCCAAUACAAACCAACAUUUCAUCAAAAUGCACUAUCCGGGUACUCUGAAGUCAUUAACAUCUGCACCAGGAGGCAACAGGGAAAAAACAAACAAAACUUUCAUCUUUUCCAGUAGAGAAUAGUUUGGGAAAUGAUGAGGGCAUUUUAUCUGCUUGCUGUGACCAGCGUGUGCAUACACAUACCUUAACAAGACUGCAAAUAUUCCAGAAGGAAAUCAUUUAGUUAUGAACGGAAUAACAAAAAUGAGAACCUCCAAUGCCCUGGUCUUAAAUGCUAGGCCAGAUUUAGUGGCUCCGUAUUUAGGAGUUUCAAACCUGCCCUCUUGAGUACAGGGAUGGCUGGCUGCUCAACACACUCCUCCUUCCCCUUUCCUUUCUUUAAGCUAUGGACAGUGAGAACCGUUUCCUGUAUUUUUGUUCUCUGGUAAUGUAAUGAGCAUGAUGGUGCCUUCUACAACACAUCAUUCCAGUCUUUGCUGGUGAUCCUGUGCAGUGUAGUUAUGAAUUGCUGUGCUGCGAAGCCAAACAGCCGCAAAAUGUUGGAGAAAAUCAUUGAUGUAUAAAAAUUGCAGUAUCUUUAAGAUUAGUAAAAUGGAUGCUUAUUUAUCUUGUUUUCUUCAGUUAACAUCUAUGAUCUAUAUGGGAGGAAGUCAGAUGUUUAAGUCUAGACUUUUAGCUCCAGUGUGAAUGAUGUUAUCACAUUAAUACUUGGAAAAAUCAAAUAACUUAAUGUUUGGAAAAAUAAAAUAGCUUGAUGUACAUUUUAGUCACAUUUUAAAAGCAGUCAAAUUCCCAAAAAUGGCAAGUUGAGGAUACUGCAAUUUUCAGAGGAAAGAAUGGCAGCUCUUAAUUGGGGAGGCAGGGAACUGUCAUUCAUUUUGCACAAUUCUUGAACUGAUGUCAGCACCCGAAUGGCUCCUGAAUUUAAGUCUGGGACGACAUCUCAUUAUUUUUACAUGAAUCUUUAAGCAAUUCUGUGAGCAAAGUUUCUAGCUGCUGGAUUAUUGUCUGUCUUUAUAACAGGUUCCAGUAAACCACAAAAUGGCAAAGGUUAUUUGGCUCUAUGGUUGGAACAAUCAGUGUAUACCAUAUCAGAUUUCUGAUGUUUCAAGCAAGAAGCGGAGUAAAUAAGUGUGACCACUUAAAGCUGCUUGUUAGUUAACAUGGAAGACUUCUCCAUUCCACCUUAAGGAAAGCAAAAUACACACUUGACAUGAUAGCAAAUUGGUUCUUAACUAUUGGGACAUUUUGCUAAGUUAACUAUUUUUUUGUCAGCUGGGCAAUAUGGGUAAAAUUUAUUGUCUCCCCCUUUGAAUGAGGUCUUCCAUGUUUGAGAAUGUCUUGCACUAUUGCAUAUAUUUUGUGAACACAGAUUUUUGUAGUUUCCAUUUUGGAAGGCUAAGGUUUUGUUUGUUUGAAACAGUUUUACACUUAUGUACAGUACUUGAAGUUCAUACUAGAGUUUAGAAGCUUUUAUCCAAACUACUUUGAAAUAAGUGGCUUUAUUGUCAGAGGUUUCCCACAAGUAUACUUUUUCUUUUAUUAUUCCUCUUCCUGUGUGUAUGUGUAUGCAAAUACACAUAGAAGCACGUGGACAAAACAUUUUCAAUCCAAGAUAUUGCCCUGUAACCCAUAUAAACUGUUCUGGCAACAAGAGAUGAUGUUAAGUGUAAUAUAAAAUUGGAGCUAAGAGCCAUUCAGCUUCAGUCUUUACAUACCACAAAUGAAACAUCACAUGGAGAAGUUUACAUGGUGACUAAUUCACCCGCAGUACUGUGGACUUUUAACAUUUUGUCCCUUUUCAGUGAAAAACUAAAAAAUUACUCAUCUACCAUUACUGUUAUUUGCUGAUUUUUAUUUUUGAUGGUAAUAUUCUAUCCUUAUGACACUAUUGCAACCAAAUUGGCUUUACCAUCUUGGCUUUAGUAGGUAUAGAAAACAACGGAUUACCAUCUUUAUUUUGUAAUGUGUUAAGCAUUAUAUGCUGGUAGAAUCUAGUUUAAUUGUUUCAGGUGGAAAGUAUUCUCUUUGAGUUUCCAUUUUAAAUGUGUUUGGACUAAAACAAUAAACUACUGAUGUCUGCAGCA